GGCCAGGGCAGGCCGAUGCCCGCCGAUCUGGCGAAAUAUUUCUAGUCGUCCCCCUCCUUCAACCUUCAGAUCUGGCCACUCCCACACGCCCAGUCUCCUAAACCCUACUCAUCUCUCUCUCGGCGACGGCAAUUGCCAUCGCCAUGGCCGGGAGGCGCCCAUCCCCGGCGGCCCUCCUCAUCCUCCUCGUCGCCGCAGCCUUCGCUCCCAUCUCCACCGCCGUCCGCCCGGUCUCCGACGCGCACAGAUCCGCGGCUGCCGAGCUCUUCGCCCCCUCCGCCGACGGAUCCUUCGGCGAUUUGGAGAGGACGUAUGAGGCGGUAAGGACGUUCCAGAUACUCGGGUUGGAGAAGUACAAGAGUGAGACUGGGAAGGCGUGCAAGUUUGCCGCAGAGAAGUUGGCUUCCCCCGCCUCGUCCGCUGCGAAAGAUCUGUUCCACGCGGCCCGGAUCAGCGGCGCGCUCGGAUGCAGUGUUGAUGCCGGCGUGUAUGAUGGUGUCGUGGCAAGGCUUAAGGCAGUGAUUAAGGACACAAACUCCCUGCUGGAAUUCUACUAUUCUGUAGGAGGUCUGCUUAGCAUCAAGGAACAAGGCCACAACGUUGUUCUAUCUGAUGCAGAAAGCACAUUUCACGCCAUUAAGGCACUUAGCCAAAGCGAUGGGAGAUGGCGUUAUGACACAGACAGUGCUGAAUCUAGCACAUUUGCUGCUGGUAUCGCGCUAGAAGCUUUGGCGGGCGUUGUUUCUCUAGCAGAUGCUGAGGUUGAUCCAUCCAUGGUAGGAGUGGUAAAAAAUGACAUCGUGAAGCUGUUUGACACUAUCAAGAGUUAUGAUGAUGGCACCUUCUACUUUGACGAGAAGCAUGUUGAUGCUACUGAGUACAAGGGCCCAAUAACGACUUCUGCUUCAGUAGUGCGUGGUGUUACCUCUUUUGCAACUGUUGCCUCUGGGAAAUUGAAUAUCCCUGGUGAGAAAAUACUUGGAUUGGCAAAGUUCUUCCUUGGUAUAGGGCUCCCUGGUAGCGCAAAGGAUUGCUUUAAUCAGAUUGAGUCUUUGUCAUUCCUGGAGAACAAUAGGGUCUUCAUUCCUUUGAUACUGUCACUUCCUUCCAAAGUAUUUUCAUUGACUUCGAAAGAUCAGCUUAAGGUUGAAGUCACAACAGUUUUCAGAUCUGCUGCUCCUCCACUCAAAGUGAAUCUGGUACAAGUGUUGGGUUCUGAUUCUAAAGUCAUCACCAGUGAGAACAAGGAACUUCAAUUUGACCUUGACAACAAUGUUCAUUACUUGGACAUCGCUCCGUUGAAAAUAGAUGUUGGGAAAUACUCUCUAGUUUUUGAGAUUUCACUUCAGGAGCCAGAGCAUGAGACUGUUUAUUCUACUGGAGGGAGAAACACUGAGAAUGUAUUUAUCACAGGACUGAUCAAAGUUGACAAGGCAGAAAUUGGAAUUUCUGAUAAUGACGCUGGGACCGUGGAGUCUGUUCAAAAGUUAGAUCUUCUGAAAGAUACAAAAGUGUCUCUCUCUGCAAACCAUCUGCAAAAGUUGCGCUUAUCUUUUCAACUAACUACACCGCUUGGGCACACGUUUAAACCUCACCAGGUGUUCUUGAAAUUGAAGCAUGAAAGCAAUGUUGAACACUUAUUUGUGGUGCCUGGUUCUGCAAGGCAGUUUAAACUUGUUCUAGACUUCCUAGGUUUGGUGGAGAAAUUUUACUACCUUUCUGGAAGAUAUGACCUUGAGCUUGCAGUUGGUGAUGCUGCUAUGGAAAAUUCGUUUCUACGACCUCUUGGGCACUUGGAGUUGGACCUGCCAGAGGCCCCAGAGAAAGCCCCAAAACCUCCCGCACAAGCUGUUGACCCAUUCUCAAAAUUUGGGCCAAAGGCAGAGAUAUCACACAUAUUCCGUGCACCAGAGAAGAGGCCACCAAAGGAACUCUCGCUUGCAUUCACGGGUCUCACUCUUCUGCCUUUCAUCGGAUUCUUGAUUGGGCUGAUGCGUCUUGGAGUGAACUUGAAGAACUUCCCAUCCUUGCCAGGACCGGCUGCAUUUGCCUCGCUUUUCCACUCUGGAAUAGGAGCAGUCCUGCUGCUCUAUGUUCUCUUCUGGCUCAAGUUGGAUCUUUUCACAACCCUGAAGUACCUAGGCUUCCUCGGCAUCUUCCUUGUGUUUGUGGGCCAUAGGACCCUAUCCUACCUCUCCUCGGUGUCGACAAAACAGAAGACUGCAUGAGUGGACAAUGCAAACAGAGGUUUCAGGAUCAUCAAUUUUUGAGGUGGCCAUUGCAGGUCCUUGGGUUCUCAGUCUUUGCUUGGUACUCUUUAACUGCUCCCAAGAUUUUGUUGAGCGACUCGAGUUUUGAGUAAAGACUUGGUUUAUUUCAGUUGGAUUUCAAGAAUCCUGAUACUAGAAAUGUAGUAGGACCUCACCUUCGUGUAUGAUGAUGCACUGAUGAUUUCUGAAUAGAUUGGAUGUUUAAUCAUAGAAUUAAUAUGAGAUUCGCCCUUCCAGAUGCA